UCGGAGAUAUGGAGGCCAAAGAAGAGGCCCAGGCCACGGACUCCAGCCUUCCAGAGCGGGAGGCCACAGCGCUGGAGCCCGAGCCUGCAAGCCCUUCCAGUCCAGACGCUAAUCCUCCACCCCCUCCACUGCCGCUGGCCCCCACUUCCCCAGGAGGCCCUGAGGAGCCAGAGCAUCAGGAGCCAGAGAUGAGGCCGGAGGAGGAAGCAGCCAGCAGCCCCUGGAGCGGGCCAGACGAGCUGGAGCCGCUGCUGCAAGAUGGACAGAGGUGCGUGCGGGCUCGGUGCAGCCUCACCAAGGGCCUGUCCUGGGGCCCGUUCCGCGGGAGCAUCCAGACCAGAGCCUCGUCCCCCGGACAGGCAGAACUGAGCCCAGCCCUGACCCUGCUGCUGGAGGACGAGGCCUGCUGGUUGAGGACACUGCCCCAGGCCCUGGCCGAGGCCGAGGCCAACACGGAGAUCUACCGGAAGGAUGAAGCCCUCUGGUGCAGGCUCACCAGGCCGGUGCCUGCAGGUGGACAGCUGAAAGUGCUCCUGGUGGCCAAGCCCCCCAGCAACCCCAGCCACCCUGUGAAGAAGGAGCCGGUGGAGCCCGAGAGCCCAGCCCCCUCCCACCCCGACAUCCAGCUCCUGCCCCAGCAGGCCGGCAUGGCGUCCAUCCUUGCAACCGCGGUCGUCAACAAAGACGUCUUUCCCUGCAAAGACUGUGGCAUCUGGUACCGUAGCGAGCGGAACCUGCAAGCCCACCUCCUCUACUACUGUGCCAGCCGCCAGGGUGCUGGCUCCCCUGCCGUGGCCGCCCCGGAAGAGAAGCCCAAGGAGACCUACCCCAAUGAGCGGGUCUGCCCCUUCCCCCAGUGCCGCAAAAGCUGCCCGAGCGCCAGUUCCCUGGAGAUCCACAUGCGUAGCCAUAGUGGAGAGCGCCCCUUCGUGUGUCUCAUCUGCCUGUCCGCCUUCACCACCAAGGCCAACUGUGAGCGGCACCUCAAGGUGCACACAGACACGCUGACCGGAGUCUGCCACAGCUGCGGCUUCAUCUCCACCACAAGGGACAUCCUCUACAGCCACCUGGUGACCAACCACAUGGUCUGCCAGCCAGGCUCUAAGGCCGAGGUCUACUCACCAGGGACGGGCCACCCCACUGCCAAGCUCUCCACAGACAGUCUGGCCACCUUCCAGCAGCACACGGCACUGCACGGCCCCCUGGCCUCUGCCGAACUAGGCCUGGCGCCCGCCCCCUCGCCAGGAGUGGACAGGAAGGCCCUGGCCGAGGCCACCAAUGGAGAGGCUAGAGCGGGUCCCCAGAACGGGGGCGGCGGCGAGCCCCCAGCGACCCCCAGGAGCAUCAAGGUGGAGGCAGCGGAGGAGCCCGAGGCAGAGCCAGGGCCCCUCGCCCCUUCACGAACGCCGUCACCACCUAGCCCUGGCCCCGCGCGGGUGAAAGCAGAGCUGUCCAGCCCCACGCCUGGCUCCAGCCCAGGUCCCAGCGCACUGUUCCUGCCGCACCUGCCAGCGGCGCCACCGGCCUCUGAGAUCCUGGCCAAGAUGUCCGAGCUGGUGCACAGCCGGCUGCAGGCGGGUGCAGGGGUGGGCGCGCCUGCCGGCCUCUUCGCGGGGGCCCCCAAAGGCGCCACGUGCUUCGAGUGCGACAUCACCUUCAACAACGUGAACAACUUCUACGUGCACAAGCGCCUCUACUGCUCUGGCCGCCGGCCGCCCGACGACGCAAGCCGCCACGAGACCUACACGGUGCACAAGCGUUACUACUGCGCCUCGCGCCACGACCCACCGCCGCGUCGCCCAGCACCAGCCGGGACACCCGCGCCCUCGGCGCAGCCAGUGCGCACGCGCAGGCGCCGCAAGCUCUACGAGUUGCACGCGGCCGGGCCCGCCCCGCCCCUGGUCGGAUCUGCCCCUCCCUCCGCGCCAGGCCCCGCCCCUACGCCACCCGGACCCGCCCCCACACCUCCCGCGUCGCCGCGGCCCGGAAGCGGUAGUGGAGGCGGAAGCGGCCUGGACGCAGCCGAGGGCCCUAUCGACCUAAGUAAGAAGCCGCGACGCCAGGCUGCUGCAGCCGUCCCCGGCCCUCCGCCUGGCCUGGCGGCCCUGGCCGAUUACCACGAGUGCACCGCUUGCCGCGUGAGCUUCCACAGCCUCGAGGCCUACCUGGCGCACAAAAAGUUCUCGUGCCCCGCCGCCCCACGCCGCCUGCGUGCGGCCCCCGAGGACCCGCCCGCCGUCGUUUGCCCCUACUGCCCCCCGAACGGCGUGGUGCGCGGGGACCUCAUCGAGCACUUCCGCUUGGCGCACGGGCUGUUGCUGGGCAAGCCCCUAAUCGGCCCCAGCGCGGAGGCCCGGACGCCCUCGCCCGCUGCUCCCCGCGAUGGCCUCAACGGCCAGGACCUGCAGGAGCCGCCUGCCAGCAGCCCCCGGCCCGGCCCGCCCCUAGCCGCGUCCCCGGAGGCGGUGCCGGCACCUCCCUCGCAUUCGGACAAGGGCGUGCAGACCCCCAGCCAGGGAUCGCCGGCCCCCGUGCCCAACGGCAACCACAGGUACUGCCGCCUGUGCAACAUCAGGUUCAGCAGCCUGUCCACCUUCAUCGCCCACAAAAAGUAUUACUGCUCCUCCCACGCAGCCGAGCACGUAAAGUGAGCGCCCGACUGCUGCUGCCCUGAAGGGGCCGGGGAAACCACGCACAUGCCUUGGCAGAGGGGCUGCAGGGGGCAGCGCCCGCCUGGACCUUGGCACUUAAUAAAAAAAGUUCAGUUUGCUGAGCACAGUGGUGGAGCAGCCUAGUUCUCUGAGCAGAGGGCCCUACGGGGUGGGCGCACAUAGGGCCAGCACCGCACCUGAGUACACACAGGCCAUAGCAGGCCAGAGUCACAUGGUUAGUGGCCUUAACAGCUGGAUCUCGGCCAGGAUCGGGCCUGAUGGCACUGCUCCGGGCCCCUGGGGCACAGGGAGAGCAGGUGCUGGCCUUCCUGGUCUACUGCUGCCCUCCAGGACCCAGCCAGAAGCUCUCGUUUGGGCACCAGAUGCCAAAGAGAAGCGCUUCAUCCUGGCCAGCUCACAGCUCUUCCACAUGCUCAGUGCUGAUCGCUGGAUGCCACCUGUCGGGUCACAGGCCGCCGAGUCAUCCAGAGAUGGAAGCACCGUGCUUGCCAAGGCCAAUGGGGGCAGAAGGGAGAUGGGCAGCCGACGCCCCAAGCCGACAGUGCGUCAUGAGGAGCCAGCUCUUGGACUGGGAGCAGCAGGCACCUGUGGGGGCUGCAGUGGGCACGAAGUUGGGGCAGUGGGCAUGAGGUUGGGACCACCCCACUCCCAGUCUGCCCUGCUGGUGCUGUGGGGGCUGCAUGCGCCAUGGCUGACCAUGACCUGGCCCAAACCCAAGCAAGGAAUCCGGCUGUGGUCUUGGCACUUGGCAGCUGGGUGUCUGUGGGCUUCCUCCAGCCUGGUGUCCCUUGAUUUGAAGUACACAAUGUCUUUUUCAAAUACAACAUACCCAGCAGCCUUCUGCAAUUAAAAAAAAAAAA